CCCCGACGGCGGCGGAGAAAAGAUGGCGGCCGCCAUGGCGGCGGGGCUGGGCCGCACGGCGCCGCGGCUCUGCUGGAAGGCCGCGGAGUCCCUGCUCCGUCCAGGGGCGUCCUGUGUGGUUGUGCCGGUGAGGAGCAGGAGGAAGUGUCCGCGGGUGCCCGAGUGGGCCCGGGAGCUGAGCCCUGAGGAGAAGGAGAGGCGCCUCAAGUGCUCGGAGCCGGUCUUCCCUGACGAGCGCAUAGAGCGCACCUUCUUCUUGGCGUGCACGGCUGAAAUCGUGGAUCCCUACGUCCCUCCCGAGGGCGAUGCCCGCCUCACCUCGCUCUCCAAGGACGGGGUGAAGCAGCAGGUGCAGAAGCUGAGGCAGACAGCGGCCUCCCAGCUGGCCCUUCGGAAGAUCAAGGAUCACGACCCGGAUUUCAGCACCAAAACCUUCCCUGAGAAAGCUCAGGAGAUAUUUAUCGAGGCCCACAACUCCCUGGCAAACUUUAACAAGCAGAAGCUUCACUCCCUGGUGACCGAGCGCUGCUACCCCGACAUGGUGCGUGGGAACAGGUACAGAACCAUCCGCUGGAGGUUCCUGGAGUCCCUGGAGCCCCCCAGGGUGGUGCACGUGCGCUGUGACAGCAUCAUGAACCGGGGCAACCUCUACGGGCAGGUGACAGUGAGGAUGCACAGCCGCCAGAUUUUGGCCAUCUAUGACCGCUUUGGGCGGCUGAUGUACGGAGGGGAG